GGUCUUAAAUAGAAGGUUUCCAUGGUAACACCUCUUACUGCUAUUUAAAUAGAAGUGGUGAACAGAAGGCAACAUCAGCUGGACCAGGACCUCCAGCUGCACACAGCUCCCGGCCAGCGCUCCUACACUUAAAGAAGGAAAAAAGCUUUCAAUUAUGUCAACAGAAUUUGUGUCGCCACUGGAUCUCACCGAAGACAUAUUGGAUAAGCAGGACCAGCACUGUAAGCUUUUAGACAACCUCUCUGAGCAACUGAUGAGGAACUGUGACCUUCAUAUGAAGGUGAGAAAAGGAAACACUGAUCCUGCUUCCAAGAACAAUGAAGUGGAUCUAAAACAACCUCGAAGAAAAGACACCCCAGCCCUUCACAAGCCACCAUUUAUUCCAGAUUUUUCAGAGCUACUUUUAAAAAGGUUUGAUGAAGUGGAAAGGCAAAAAAAGAGUAUGCAAAUGCCCCCUGUCAUAACCAAAGAUCCAGAGCUGAAGAAACCAAGGAGAAAAGACACCCCUGCCCUAUAUACUGCACCACUGCUUCCAGGUGUUAAGCCCAUGAAAGAAGACAGGGGGGCCAUCAUUGCAGAGAGUGAAGAAAGUGAUGGUUAAAAAAAAAACAUGGAUGAAUAUACAGUGUUUCUGAUGAAGAUUCAUUGAACGAUACUGAACAUAUGGGUUCCAUCCAACUUCUUUAAUAUACUGGAACUUUUUGUACAUUUUUGUAACUGAUUUGUACUUUCUAUGUAUGAUAUAAAUACACAAAUGAGUGUCAUUUAAAAUAUUGUUGUAUCCUAGCAUAUAUCACUGUUGAUAAACUUUAUUAAUGGAGCUGUUUAUAAAAUCUAUUCAUUUGUUUUAGGGGCAAAUUAUUUAGACAGAGUUCUAAAGGGGAAUGAUUGUGCAGGUAGGGGAUCUGUUACCUGAAUUGCUCGAUUGGUGUGUGGAGAUCUACGGUUUUCUUGAUCCCAUCUUAAUAUACAAAGACUUGCAAAAGACCUUCAGAAGUAGCUGUGGUCAAACUUAAGACUAAAGGAAAGACGUGUAGUUUUUCCCUUGUGCUUUUUCAUUACUAGUCAUGUGAUUCUUUGAUCAUUUGACUCAAGCAUUUCUAUUUAAAGAAAUGAGGGGGUGUAGGUGGCUGGAAACACUAGAAAAAAACUUAAAAACCACAUUGCAAUUUUUUCC